CCCAAAUUCUCCUUCCGGGUUCUGGGCCAGACUGAGGGCUGGCUGCGCCCGACCUUCCCCCUCCACGGAGUCUAGGAGCUGAUGACGAAAUGCUGCCCGAGGCUUGAACCCAACCUGAGGAACCACAUCUGAGAAAACCCUGCCUGCGUCUGCAGGUUAUGCUUGGAUUCCUCAGGUUAUUCAGGAAUGGAGAAUCUUCAGCAGUGUUAACUAUAUUACCAUUUUCCCAAGAGAUGGCAUCUUUGCACAGCAAAGGGCUGCAGGCAAGGAGUCUCAGCUCUGCAGAAGAGGAGAGACUGAAAAGAGACCAAGCUUUAGUGUCUGACUUUAAACAGCAAAAACUGGAGAAGGAGGCUCAGAAGAACUGGGACCUUUUUUACAAAAGAAAUAGUACGAAUUUCUUCAAAGAUAGACACUGGACCACCAGAGAGUUUGAGGAGCUCAAAUCAUGUAGGGAGUUUGAAGAUCAGAAAUUGACUAUGCUUGAAGCUGGCUGUGGGGUUGGGAACUGUUUAUUCCCACUUUUAGAAGAAGAUCUGAAUAUCUUUGCUUAUGCCUGUGAUUUUUCUCCAAGAGCAGUUGAAUAUGUCAAGCAAAAUCCUUUAUAUGACACAGAAAGAUGCAAGGUAUUCCAGUGUGAUCUAACUAAAGACGACCUUCUGGAACAUGUGCCCCCAGAGUCUGUGGAUGUUGUCAUGUUGAUAUUUGUGCUCUCUGCUGUUCACCCUGAUAAGAUGCACCUUGUCUUGCAAAACAUUUACAAGGUAUUAAAGCCAGGCAAAAGUGUCUUGUUUCGCGACUAUGGCCUAUAUGAUCACGCCAUGCUUAGGUUUAAAGCCGGCAGCAAACUUGGAGAAAACUUUUAUGUUAGACAAGAUGGAACCAGAUCGUAUUUUUUCACUGAUGAAAGCUGUUUAUGAGAGCCUUUGUCUUGAGCACGCUGACUGGAUUGUACAUGCAGCUAGCUAGGGUCCUUCAGCCCCAGCCACAUCUGAAGAGGAGGCUUCCCAUUGGGGCGGUGGCUGGAUAAUAGCCAUUCUGUACAACUGGAAUAAAUCCUGGCUCCUGGUGAGAAGAGGAACAGACUGGUUUCAGACAGCGUGCUUGCUGGGUGCUCUAACUGCCAUCUCUCCUUGACUUAGGAGGGGCUCAUGGAGCAGGGGAAGCAAGAGGAACCCUUAAUUCUUGCUGGUCUGUUGCAUUAUAUAUUCUAUCCCCUUCUUGAAGGCUGGAAGAUGGCUAUACUAGGUGAGAGCAAAACUGAUAAGAGUACCUAGUUUGUCCUUUGCAGUGUUUUUAUUUUUCUUUAAAAUCAACUUGUACAGAAGAUGGACCUAUAGGAUAGAUGCUCACGGGCCCUAGAGAGUGAGUCAAACCCUGCCCCAGAGCAGUCUGUUAGGGAAGAGCUUCCCACUUCCAAUCCAGGGGUCUUUCCUCUAAGGCCCCUCACCUAAUGAAUCCCACACCCAGCUUUAGCCCCAAAGCUCACAAAUGGCCCCCCAUAGAAGUCCUUUCACCUCUUUAUUAGGUCUGACCAAUGUCAUUUGGAUUUUAGUGGCUGAGCUAUAUGAAAAUGGGAUAUUUGAAGUAGAAAAUGGGGAGCAGUAUGGUGUAGAAGGGUAAGCGUGGGUUUUUGUUAUCAGAAGUCAGUUGGAAUUGUGACGUCAUCACUUACCCUGUUUGAACCUCAGAUUCCUCAUUUGUAAAGUGGGGACAGGCGUACUGAGAAGUGGAUCUACCGGAGGUCGCUGAUCCAGGGCAGAUCAUAUGCCCGAUAGACGGCAAUGACACCCUCAAGAAAGCUGAGCAGGCUGACAAGGAGCCUGGUCCUGUCGGAGAGAAGAGGCCUGUACCUUUGCCAGUUGGCUGGGGGAACAUCUGUGAAAGAGGCUAACGGUUUCCUCCAAAUACAAUGUGAAGUUGUCUUCAGCCACAGAAGCAGUUAUGGCCCCAAAUUCCUACCCCAUAAAGGAAAGCCUGCAAAAGUUUUCACUUGGAAUAUUUAAAGCUGGCCUAAUGAUAUGCCCACCUCUGACACUGAGCAAGGUAACCUCUCAGUGACCCCACUUUAAAAUAUAUUGGUUAUAAAAUAUACUUCUAGUUAAAUAUGAAUGAGGUGACACAGUCCAUCACGGUUUUAGCUAUGAGCCGGUAAAUCGGCGGAGCAUUGGCUUUAGUCCCACAGUCUCAGCGUCCUUGUGUUCAUUCUACCUAAGCAUACCUGCAUUAUUGCACCCCCCAGAUUAAGACAGCAGAGGAGCAGAGUCUCACAAUUUGGGUGUCCAGGGACCCAGGAAAGCAAGGGCAUGGUUUAGCAGCAAAACUCUUAACAGCAUUUGUUGACUCAUACUACAAAGAGUCUACCAAUAUUAUUACCUUGUCUUCAGAGACAGAACACAACCUCAGAAAGGCAGAGGGUACUGGUUAGCAGUACUAUAGAAAAUAGCAUAAGUACUAUAGUACCAUGGUAUGGUAUAUAUACUAUGUAUAGUAUUGGGUAUAUAUUAUGCCACACAGUAUAUACCUUAUGCUAUGUAUUUCUUUUGAAUUUUUUAAAUAUAGUGCAUAAUAUAGUACUAUAUACAUACUACAUACAAUGAUAUUAAUAUAUUAUAGGAUUUGGAAUAUGAACAUCUAAAUUCAAGCCAAAGACUUGCCCAAUUCAAGUCUCCAGAUUCUCUGAGCCUCAGUCUUUACAUCUCUAAAGUCGAGAUCCCACUACUUACAGCACAGGGCUGCUGCCAGGAUUAAAUGAGAUCAUGUGAGAGUGCUUUGUUUACUCCAAAGUGCAGUCAAGUGCUAGUUAUGUCUAUCAGUUUGUAUUCCUCAAGAAAAUGACUGCUCCCAUGGUUAUCACUAAAACAAACUCCUUCAAAAGGGCUGUCAUUUUAAAUUUUUGGUAUCCUUGAAAGGGCCCGGGAUUUGGAAGUGUCACCACAAGGUGGCGCUAGAUGCCAAAUAUGCCCAUUGGCUACAACCCCCAUCUUAAUUACAGUUCUAGCCUGUCCAUUUUUGUUGUCCUUGAAGAGGAAGGAAAAUGCUCACAAAUGUGUCUCUGGGUCAACUUUAGCUCCUAAGAUCAAUGUUGGCCUCACUGUGGGGAUAAGAAAGCAAGGGAGAUUUUAUCCAGCCUUCAAUCUAUUUUGCUUACUGAAGGCAGUUUGCUCUCAACUAAAGUUGGGCAGCCUUUUUAGGCAAUGGGCUCUGAAGAUGUCUGCGAAGUCCCCACCCCAAGCACAUUGGGGAGCAUAGUAUAUGCUGGACACCAAUCAAGGAUCCUAAAUUUUUUUAUUGUGGGUAAAUAAAAUAUCCCUUUGCACCUCCCUCAUUGCUCAAUGGCUGUGGAUUCACUUUUCCUGUUGCUCAGUAACAAGGCAAAGCAUGGGAAGGGACUGCAGCAUGGAUGCUUGUCCUCCUCAUGCAUUAUUCAUAGUUAUCUUUGAUAGCAUUUGGUUCCCUAUUUCACAGUUGUCAACCAAGGAAGGGGAAAUUGUGAAAUAAAUCAUUUAUAUAACCAAGAGAGAGUUUUGCAGGACCAAGUUUGCUGUUGGGGAGCAAAUAUUUAAUAUAAACUUAAAUAGGCUCUGUUACUGAAACCAAAUUUCCAUUAAAAAUAAAAUGAGCUUUU